AUGGAGUCAUACAACUGUUCACUCCCAGAAGAUAUCAUAACAGAUAUACUUUCUCGGUUGCCAGCCGUGUUUCUGUUAUCCCUAAAACAAGUAUGCAAAACAUGGAGAGAUCUUCUGGUUGGUCCCAACUUUGCUCGUAUCCAUCUCCGUCGCCAGCAAUAUGUUGAUCAGGGCAUUACUCAUGAUGCUUCUAUAAGUAACAACUAUAAGGUGAGUUUUCUUUGCUUUCUAGAAUCUACAGAAAAUCAGUAUCAACAGUCAAUCCACUACAGAGAGUACCUUGAUGAUGAAAACCUUGAGAACUUAUCAAACAGGAAAUUUACAAUAAAUUUUAAGGGUCUUCCAGUUGAUUCAUGCAAUGGGUUAAUCUGUUUUUCUUCGGUCAACCGUCUCCAUUGUGUCGAGGAAUCUCCCAUUGAAACCAGCAGUGAAGUCCAGGAAUUUCCCAUUGAAACCAGAACUGAAUAUAGAGUUCCAAACCUGAAACAGUUCACCUAUGUCCACAAUGAUCCAACCUAUAUCUUUAAUCCUGUUACCGGAGAAGAGUUGAGGCUUCCAGAGUUGUUGGUUCCUGAUACUAUUGUGGGUCACCAACUUACACUGUCAGUAGGGUUUGGUUAUCUUCCUUCAACUGGUGAAUACAAGGUUGUCAGAAUUUAUUACCAACCAAAGGACGUACUAAAGUACGACCGAACUCCGGUCGGAAAGGUCCAGGUAUACACUCUUGGAGGGGAAAGCAGUAGUAGUGGGCACUGGAGAAACAAAUGUGAUAUUCCUUACCACUUUGGGCAAUCAGAUGGUGUUUUCUUCAAUGGAGCGCUUCACUGGGUGCAGUACGGCCACGGUGAUAGAGAAAGGAUUAUGGCUUUCGAUUUGGGAACAGAGGAGUUUUUUGUCGUCAAGUCGCCACCUGAUUGUUUUCAGGGUGAUAGCGCUCACGGUUAUGAACUUUGCCGUCUGGGAGGUUGUUUAGGUGUUUAUCACAACAAAGAUUGUUAUAAUAGGAAUGACAGAAGCUGGGAUAUAUGGGUGUUAAAGAAGACCGAAAACGAUACGAGUUUUGUAAUGGACGAGAACGAAGAGUACUAUGAUUCUUCUUGGAGUUGGAGUAGGAUAUUCAGUAUAGAUCAAGCGGAGUUGAGUUAUGAUGAUUGUCUGCCGCUGUCCGUCACGAAGAGUGGUGAAAUUUUAUUUAAAUACCGUCAACUAUCUGCAUUGUGCAUCUAUGAACCAAAAACCGCAACUUUUAGAACAAUACCUUGCCUUUUUAAUAUGGAUCCAUGGUUAGAUACUUGCAUGGUUCUUCAUGUGAACACCUUUGUUUCUUUAAAAGGUAUCGCACGAGAAUUGCAAGAAAUAGUUGGAUCGUGA